AUGCAGCGCGAAGUCGAGGCCGAGAGCAGUCCUCCGCCCGGGCUGGGCUUCCGACUGGAGGCGCACCGCAUCGUCAGCAUCUCGCUGGGGAAGAUCUACCACUCCCGGGUCCAGCGGGGCGGCAUCAAGCUGCACAAGAACCUCAUGGUUUCCCUGGUCCUCCGGAGCGCCCAGCAGGUCUACCUGAGCCAGACGGCCGACGAGCUGAACGGAGAUUACCCGCUCUACGCGCCGCAGACCUACCGGGCGCCGGAGAGCUGCUCGUGUCCCGGCCCGGAGGACGAAGACUCCUCCUCGUGCGCCCGCACCGACAGCCGCCUCUCCCGGAGCUGCCCGUGCCCGGCCCCCCGCCUCUGCCGGGCGCCUCCCCGGGGGCUCCCCUGCUGCUCCUGUCACUCACACCCGGACUGCACGCUGGCGGAGCCCCGCAGAGACUGUCCAAGCCGGGAAGCCGAGACCGACCCCCCGCAGAGCCCGCCGUGCUGCCGGAAGAGGAGCGGCGGGAGCGCGCCGGACGGGCCGGCCUUGAAGAGAGCAAGGCGGGAGCAGAGAGAGCAGGAGGUGCCGGAACCGGCGGAGGAGGCCGAGGAGGAGAUGGAGACGGAGAACGUAGCCAACCUCAUCAGCAUCUUCGGCUCCAGCUUCUCCGGACUUCUCACCAAGGAGCCGGGGACCGCGGGGGCGGAGGAAGAGGGCGACGAGCCCGGACAGGAGGUGCAGGAGCUGGACUCCCCAUCCGGACAGAGCUGUGCCACUGAGCCGGCCAUCAGCUCCAACAUCACCCCAUGGAGCACGGCCAUAGAGGCCUUCUGA